AUGGAUCAGGAGCUGAGCAGGCCAACAUGGAGCAGGCAGCUGGAGUUCACCCUGGCUGGUAUUGGUUGUGCCGUGGGUCUGGGCAACGUAUGGAGGUUUCCUUAUCUCUGCUACAGGAGUGGAGGAGGUGCAUUUCUGGUGCCUUACCUACUCAUGCUGGUGGUGCUGGGGCUUCCUCUGCUCUACAUGGAGCUGACAUUGGGACAGUACAUGAGGAGAGGGCCUGUCCAGGCUUUGGCUAAUGCCUGCCCACUGCUUAAAGGAGUGGGCAUGGCAUCAGUGGCCAUCUCCUUCAUCAUGUGUACCUACUACAAUGUCGUCAUUACCUGGGGCCUAUAUUAUCUGUUCAGCUCCUUCCAGGCACCGCUACCCUGGCAGAACUGCAACAACACCUGGAAUACACCAAACUGCACCGAUCAUGCCAACAACAGCAACAUAUACACUUCUACAGCUAGCCAGGAGUUCUUCAAUUACAAGAUGCUGGAGCGGACUAGGGGAGUGGAGGAGACAGGAGGGAUGCGGUGGGAGCUUUUUCUUAUACUCCUAUUGGCCUGGAUCCUCAUUUACCUUUGCAUCUUCAAGGGGGUGAAGUCAACAGGCAAGGUUGUGUACGUCACGGCACUGCUCCCCUAUGUUAUACUGUUUGCACUGCUGAUCAACAACGUGCAGCUUCCUGGGGCUUUGGAUGGGAUAAACUUCUUCAUUGUGCCAGAUUGGGAUAAACUACUCAGCAUGGAGGUCUGGGUCAAUGCUGCAGCUCAGAUCUUCAACUCCAUUGGGAUCGGUUUCGGCUCCCUCAUGGCCAUGUCCAGCUACAACUCCUUCAGCAACAACGUUCUUAAAGAUACGCUGGCUAUAUCCAUCAUCAACUCCUUCACGAGUAUACUGGCAGGGUUUGUCAUUUUCUCUGCCUUUGGAUACAUGUCUUACCUACAGGGCAUUCCUGUCAGUGAACUGGCUGUUGAUGGUCCAGGACUGGUUUUUGUUGUUUACCCACAAGCCUUUGCUACCAUGCCAGUGGCUCAGCUGUGGGCUGUUCUGUUCUUCUUCAUGCUGUUCUGCCUCGGGCUGGACAGCCAGUUUGCUAUGGUUGAAGUGAUGGUAACCAGUCUCAUGGACGAAUUUGACCACUGCCUGCUGAAUUUCUUUAAGCGGAAGGAGAUAGUUGUUCUUGCAGUUUGCAGUAUAGCCUUUCCUCUAGGGAUACCAUAUGUCAUGCAGAUGGGAGUCUAUGUUUUCCAGUUGAUGGACCAUUACACUGCCAUAGUGUCCAUUGUGUUCCUUGCUUUCUUUGAGGUGAUAGCCACCUGUUGGUGUUAUGGUGUCAGUCGAUUGUCAGACAACUUGGAGGAGAUGACAGGAAAGAGAGCAAAUCUCUUCUUCAGAGUGUGUUGGCUAAUAGUUGCCCCAGUGCUGAUCACAGUAAUUCUAGUGUUCUCCGUCAUCCAGUUCAAACCAGCUCGCUAUGAAGACUAUGUCUUCCCUCCCUGGGCUCAGGGGAUUGGAUGGGUCAUUGCCAUGGCCUCUAUCAUCUGGAUUCCUCUGGGAGCCAUUCACACAAUGUGUGUCCUGCCUGGCUCCUUCACACAGAGACUGAAGCUGUCGAUUACACCAUUUGCACUGAGUACGAUAUCAAAAAUGCCAUAUUAUGAGAGGGGUGGAAAAGACUCGUUUCCAGCCAUAGCAGUCAUCAGCUCAGCUCAUCUGCCAGAGAAGCCUCCUAUUCAGACAAACCUCUAAUAACCUCAGCACCUUGCACAGUCAUCAUCCUCACUAGGUCAGGGUAGUACUUUGCAUUUGACC